UCCUUGUCCAAGAUGGCGGCCGCGGGCGGCGGCGCGGCGGGAAGCGGCGGGGCCGAGUGAGGCGGCCGCGGCCCGUCCCCACCCUGCGGCCGCGGCUCGGCGGCGGCGGGCCUUGUCGCCGCUGGGCGGCCCCGCAGUCGGGGCACGCCCGGGCCUGCUGCGGGGGCGGAGCCUCGGGCUGGCGUGAGGCUGGAGCCCGCUCGGACCUUUUCCUAUAGAUGGGAACGGGGGAAGGAGCCCAGACGUGGCAGCUCAUUCACAGGCUCCUGCAGGACCACCAUGGCUUAUGAUGGCGCCAAGAAGAAAGAAGAGUCCCUAGAGAGUCACCGAAGUGUUGAUGACGGGCUGGCACCUGGCAGGAUACAGCGAGAGAAAAAGCGCUCGUACAAGGAUCUCCUGCAAGAGGAAGAUGAGAUAGCAGCUCAGGACAGUGAGUUUUUUCCAGGGACAGAAGCUCACAAAAAGAAGAGAAAGCAUUCCUCUGAUGAAUUCUGCUACAGAGGUGUCUCGCCUUUGGAUCUACCAUCAAAGAAGAAGAAAAAAGCAUCUUCUAGCCCAUCCUCAGCUGAUACAACCAUGGAUUUACUUAAGGCUGUCAAUUCACCUUUGGCCACAAGCUCAAAGUCUUCAAAGAGGACCUCUGAAAAAUCAUCUCAUUCUUCCUCUGCCCAUUCUGAAAGCAGAAGGGAGCAUCCCAAGAAGAAGCUGAGUGGGAGUAGUGGGGAGCACUCAGUGGAUGACAGCAGCUCCCACAAAUCUAAAAAAAUGAAACCUCUCUAUGUGAACACAGAGACUCUUACUCUCCGUGAACCUGAUGGCUUGAAGAUGAAGCUCAUCCUUUCACCAAAAGAGAAAAGUAGUGCAGCAGAUGAUGAUUCUUUAUCCUACUCUUCAGCACCAGCAGCUGCAAAGAAAUCUUCAAAGAAAUCAGCUCGAGAUGAGCAAGGCUCAUUCCUGCUGGGGCAUGAUCUGCAGAACUUCCUGAAGUCAUCCCGGAAAAAGCACAAACCACUUCCGGACUCACAUCCACCUUCUGAGAGUUUUGGUGCUGACACCUCCCUUCAUUCAGAGGGCCAUGGAAGCGAGUACGAGGUUUCAGGUAUGGAGGCACCGCCAGAAUCUGGUUCUUCCUCUGGUGGAGAGUUGGAGGCUGGAGAGCUGGUGAUAGAUGACUCCUACCGGGAAAUCAAGAAGAAGAAGAAGUCAAAAAAAAGUAAGAAAAAAAAGGACAAGGAGAAACACAGAGAGAAGAAGCACUCCAAGUCUAAAAAGAGUUCUGGGCACUCUCCUGUGGCGGUAGCAGAAGUAAGAGUGUCACCACCACCUGCCAGUACCCCCUAUGUUGUCCCUCCACCUCCUCCUGCUGUUUUUCACUCAGAUGGUCAAGGUGAGAAGAGGAGGAAAAAGGAAGACAAGGAGAAGGACAAGGCUGAGAAAUGGGAAAAGGAAAAGGAAAGAGAAAAGGAAAGAGAGAAGGAGAAGGAAAGAGAAAAAGAAAAGGAAAGAGAGAAGGAGAAGGAAAGAGAAAAAGAAAAGGAAAGAGAAAAGGAAAAAGAAAGAGAAAAAGAAAAGGAGAGAGAAAAGGAAAGAGAAAGAGACAAACCAAAGAAGAAAAACAUGUCUGCUUAUCAAGUGUUCUGUAAGGAAUAUCGUACAACUAUUGUGUCUGAGCAUCCUGGAAUAGAUUUUGGAGAGCUAAGUAAAAAACUGGCAGAAGUGUGGAAGCAGCUACCUGAGAAGGAUAAACUGAUCUGGAAACAGAAAGCUCAGUAUCUCCAACACAAGCAGAAUAAAGCAGAGGCCACCACUGUGAAGAGAAAGGCAUCAUCUUCAGAUGGUGCACCAAAAAUUAAAGCUUCUCCAACAGGAGUGGUUUCUCCUCACAAAAAAUCCCCCCCCAGCACCGUGGUGGUGCCUUCCUCACCAGCCAAAGCCCCUGAGACAGAUCCCAUUGACGUAGCUGCACAUUUACAGUUACUGGGUGAAUCUCUGAGCCUCAUUGGACACAGACUGCAGGAAACAGAGGGAAUGGUGGCUGUUUCAGGAAGUUUGUCAGUACUCCUAGAUUCAAUCAUCUGUGCUUUGGGCCCGUUGGCAUGUCUGACCACACAACUGCCUGAGUUGAAUGGCUGCCCAAAGCAUGUUUUGUCAAACACACUAGACAACAUUGCCUACAUCAUGCCUGGACUUUGAUGGGAAAGGAUCCUGGGAUGUACUCAACCUCUGUGUGACUGACUUGUGUACGUGCACUACACCGGCGCUCCCGAGGGGCUCCAUGUGGAGGCUUUUAAAGUUUUAUAUGUGUAUAGUAUAUACAUAGGAUUGUAACUAUUUGACUUGUAUUUUAUGAAAAGUUGUGAAGGUAAGCUGAGAAAACCCUUUUGUGUUGGUGGGUGAAAUGUCCUCCAAUCUGAAAGUAUUUUGUAUGGAGAAUUCAGAAAGCUUUUGAAAUAUUUGCCUUAAAUUCAGAUGUAGUGGGGGAAGCAAACAGAGAACGGACUUCUCAAUAUAAACAAGAAAGCUGUCUCCAUGAGAGGAGUCAUUGAAACAGGUGGCCCAGAGAGGUUGCUGACUCUCCUUCCUUGAUGAUAUUCAAAACUGAAUGAGCAGCCUGCUCUAGUUGUACUUGCUUUAAGCAGGGAGAUGGACCAGAUAUCCCUGUCCAAACUAAAGUAUUCUGAUAUUCUGUGGGCAGGUAGAGACGAUACAUUUUGGACCAGGGAAUAGAACUGAAUUCUUCACCAGCCCUAUUUGUAACUCUUUCUGUUUAAAACACACUUCUUGAGGGGAAGCUGGAUAGCUUUUUGCCUCUUGGUCACUUUCUCCAACCCCCACGCCUCAGUCAGUAAUAACUGAAAGUUGUCAGUGUCAGCUGGCUGGUCUGGUAGCUGGCAUUUGAAGUGAAGUAGAUGACAAGAAGUUCAAUUUUUCCUUGUGGACUCAAGUCAUCAUUAGCACAAUGUAUCAACCCAUUGCACUGGCUUGAGAAAAUGAACCUCCUGUUGAUUUUUCCAUGGCAUGGUCAGGCUGCUUUGAUGGAAAGGAGUAGAGAAGCAGAUGGGAAAAAUUUGUGUUGCUUCUGCCCGUCUCGCCCCUGGUUUGUGAAAUGGCUCAUCCCCCAUCUCUCUCACCAGCACUAUUGCAGGAGCUGUGGUGCUGCUGCAAGGCAGCCACCAGUGGCCAGUUUGAAGCAGUUACGGCCAAGUAAGGCACGUGUGGGUUGAUUGGACCGGUUUCUCUUCCUUCCAGCCACAUACUUGGAGUUUGGUUUUCUGCUCCUCUGGAAGAGGAGCAGCAGGAGAACACUUGAUUCCUUUUUAGGCUUUUGUCUGUGUGUAUGUAUGUGUAUGUGGUGUUCAUAUCACAUGUAUUUAACUUUUACCAAUAUCUGUAACAGAUUUUAAUUUAUCCUGUAUAUUUCUCUGUGUGUGUGUGUAUAUAUUUAUAUAUAUAUAUACAUAAUUUAAAAGCAAAAAUUCCUCCCUCAGCCAACAGUGUGUGAAAAAUGUGAAUCAAGUUUGUUUCAGUUCACUUCCUGCAGGAAUCAACUCUAUGUAUAGCAGUAAACAUGGGCAUUGUGUAAAGAAACACCAGGAAGAUUCUAAGAGUUUGUAGAAGCAGGCUAUCUUGUGAAGAUGGGUAGAACAACUGAAAUAUCAUUUGACUCAGGCCUUAUCAGCUCUGUAACAGGAAAGUUUUUAAAUUAGAGAAGGGGCAUUUUUUUACUUCCAAGUAAGUCUAGCUUCUGUUUUUUAGGACAGUUGAAAGUGACCUGUCCCUUAUUGUAGCUGAGCCCCAAAUCAGAAGUAAAUUAAAUCCUGGGGUGCGGAGGGUUUUUCUCCCCAUGCCUCUUUGCCACGUAUUCCCCAGAUGUGCCUGUACAAGGUAGUCUGUCUCUUACAGAUCUUUUCUCAGUGCAGUGAGGGGUUUUGUCAGCAGAGGAGGCACAGAAGGUUCUCAGACCAUCAGGCCAGAACACAUGUUUUAACAGCUUAGGACAAAUCCCAAUGGGCCUGGAAAUAGGAAGGGCCCAGGAGGGAGGCAGUCCAAUCCUGCUUCAGAUGCUGGCCCAUACUAAAGCAUCUGCUGUUGUGAGCAGCACAAAAUAACCGGCUCUUUCCAGCCCUUCGCAGCUGAGAGCAUUGUGCUGAAGGGGUAGAUCAGCUUUUGAAGGGGAUCAACUUUAGCUUUGUCCUCUGUACAACUGAAAACUCUUGAAGAGUGAAAAACACACACGACCCUGGUGUAUUGUAUUUUUAUUAAAAUUUGUACACUUUGUAUAAUCUGUAUCUUGUGGUAUUUGGUACUAUAGGGAAACUUUGUCAAGACUUAGCAGUUUUUAUAUUUUUGUUAUUUCUUUGCUGUUUGGUCCAGAUUACAUUACAAUUAUACACAAACUUUUUUGUACUGUACUUACAAUAUAAUUUUUUUUU